GCCGAUGCCGAGCUAGAGGCCAUUCGGCAGCGGCGCAUGGCCCAGCUCAUGGAGCAGGCCGGCGGCGGCGGCAAGGCGCCUGCCACACCCGAGGAGAUGCAGGCCCAGGAGGAGCAGCGGGAGGCAGCAGAAGAGCAGCGGCGCGCGAUGCUCAUGAACCUCAUGCAGCCAUCUGCCAGGGACAGAUUGGCGCGCAUCAGCCUGGUCAAGCCAGACAAGGCGCGGGCGAUUGAGGACAUGCUCAUCAUGGCCGCCCGGCGUGGCCAAAUACAGGAAAAGGUUUCAGAGGCGCGACUGAUUGAGCUGUUGGAGCAGGUGUCUGAGCAGACAGAGAAGAAGACCAAGGUGACCAUUCAGCGGCGGCGGGGUGCACUUGAUGACGAUUGGUAG